ACUGGGUUAUUUUCGACAACGAAAUUUCUACUUGGAGUUCGAGUUGCAGAGUGUUCCCCAUCUUCUCUCACUCGUGUAUCCAUGGCGACGGUCGAAGUCGCUGAGCCAAGGAAGAUGCCUCGGCCUGGUCGAGGCGGGGUGGUCGGCCACGGACUCAGCGAAGAGGAAGCGCGAGUCCGGGCAAUCGCGGAGAUCGUGAACGGCAUGGUGGAGCGCUUGCGCAGAGGAGAGAACGUUGAUCUGAACGCCCUCAAAUCCGCAGCUUGUCGCAAAUAUGGCCUCGCUCGUGCCCCCAAACUCGUCGAGAUGAUAGCAGCGGUGCCGGAAUCGGAACGCGAGUCUCUGCUCCCUCGCCUCCGAGCCAAGCCCGUCCGCACCGCUUCUGGUAUCGCCGUUGUGGCUGUCAUGUCGAAGCCUCAUCGUUGUCCACACAUCGCUACCACCGGGAACAUCUGUGUGUAUUGCCCCGGCGGACCUGAUUCUGAUUUUGAGUACAGCACCCAGUCUUACACCGGAUAUGAACCCACCAGUAUGCGAGCAAUUCGCGCCAGAUAUAGCCCUUAUGUUCAGGCUAGAAGCAGAAUAGAUCAGCUCAAACGUUUAGGCCACAGUGUGGAUAAGGUUGAAUUCAUCUUAAUGGGAGGUACUUUCAUGUCAUUGCCAUCUGAAUAUCGUGAUUAUUUUAUACGGAAUCUUCAUGAUGCACUGUCAGGACAUACUUCUGCAAAUGUUGAGGAGGCAGUUUGUUACUCAGAGCAUAGUGCCAUAAAGUGUAUUGGCAUGACUAUUGAAACGAGGCCAGAUUAUUGCCUUGGACCUCAUCUUCGGCAGAUGCUUUCUUAUGGAUGUACAAGACUAGAAAUAGGGGUUCAAAGCACAUAUGAAGAUGUUGCUCGUGACACUAAUAGAGGGCACACUGUAGCUGCUGUAGCUGAUUGUUUUUGUCUGGCAAAAGAUGCUGGUUUUAAGGUUGUGGCUCACAUGAUGCCUGAUCUCCCAAAUGUUGGGGUUGAGAGGGACUUGGAAAGCUUUCGGGAAUUCUUUGAGAGUCCAUCAUUUAGGGCAGAUGGUCUUAAAAUCUAUCCAACACUUGUAAUUCGUGGAACAGGGCUUUAUGAACUAUGGAAAACUGGAAGGUACAGAAACUACCCACCAGAGCAACUUGUGGAUAUAAUAGCCAGAAUCCUAGCAAUGGUACCUCCAUGGACACGUGUUUAUAGAGUUCAGAGGGACAUCCCCAUGCCUCUAGUUACUUCUGGAGUUGAGAAGGGAAAUCUCCGUGAACUGGCUUUGGCUCGGAUGGAUGACUUGGGUUUGAAAUGCCGUGAUGUCAGAACACGUGAAGCUGGAAUUCAAGACAUUCACCACAAAAUAAAGCCUGAAGAAGUGGAGCUCGUUCGUCGUGACUAUACAGCAAAUGAGGGUUGGGAAACUUUUCUCUCAUACGAGGAUACACGCCAGGAUAUUCUUGUUGGGUUGUUACGCUUGCGGAAGUGUGGCCGGAAUACAACAUGUCCAGAACUCACUGGAAGAUGUUCAAUUGUUCGUGAGCUCCAUGUUUAUGGAACAGCAGUGCCUGUGCAUGGACGGGAUGCUGACAAACUACAGCAUCAGGGCUAUGGGACACUUUUGAUGGAAGAGGCAGAGCGGAUUGCUCGUAUGGAGCAUAGAUCCAAAAAAAUAGCUGUAAUUUCAGGGGUGGGGACCCGGCAUUAUUAUCGAAAAUUGGGAUAUGAUCUCGAAGGGCCAUACAUGGUCAAAUGUCUUCUGUAACAAUUACUAAUGGGAUAUAGUUUGUAAUCUUAUAUUUUGGAGGUAGGGGAUUUGUUCAUCUUCUAUUCUUAUAAGAAUUGUUGUAUUGUACAGUUGAGCAUCCUAGACUAGGAGAAAAAGUAGGUGUUUUUUUACCAUAAUUUCAAACUUAUAGUAUCGUUCA